AUGAAGUUUGGUGAACAUUUGAGAAAGGCAUUAAUCAAGAAUUAUUCCUUUUAUUACAUUGCCUAUGAUGACUUGAAACACCAAUUGAAGAAAGGUUUAUAUGACAAUGAUGGCGUUUGGAACAACGAUUUGGAAGAACAAUUCCUUAAUGCCUUGGAAACUGAAUUAGACAAAGUCUAUUCAUUUACUAAAGUUAAAAACACUGAAGUCAAUAGAAGAAUCAAAGAAAACGAAUCUUAUGUUUAUGAAGUUGUUGAUGCCUUGCAUCGUUAUGAAAAUCACGAUCCUUCGAUUACCAAUCCACCACUGGAAGAAGAUUUCCAAGAUUUGGAAGAAGAAUUGUCUGACAUUAUUGCUGAUGUUCACGAUUUGGCUAAAUUCACUAGAUUGAAUUAUACUGGGUUUCAAAAAAUCAUUAAAAAACAUGAUAAAACUACAAAAUUCACAUUGAAACCAGUGUUCCAAGCCAGAUUGAACACCAAAGCAUUCUAUAAGGAUAAUUACGAUAAUUUGAUUGUUAAAUUGUCUAAAUUAUACGAUUUAGUGAGAACCAGAGGUAAUCCAGUGAAAGGUGAUUCUGCUGCUGGUGGAGGUCAACAAAAUUUCGUUAGACAAACCACAAAAUACUGGGUUCAUCCAGAUAACAUUACUGAAUUGAAAUUAAUCAUUUUGAAACAUUUGCCUGUUUUGGUUUUCAAUGCUGACAAAGAAUUUGAACCAGAAGAUAGUGCCAUUACCUCCAUUUAUUUUGAUAACAAGGAUAUGGAUCUUUAUUACGGUAGAUUAAGAAAAGAUGAGGGAGCUGAAGCCAUUAGAUUGAGAUGGUAUGGUGGUAUGAAAUCUGACCAGAUUUUCGUUGAAAGAAAGACUCAUAGAGAAGACUGGACUGGUGAAAAAUCAGUGAAAGCCAGAUUUGCUUUGAAAGAGAAAAAAGUCAAUCAAUUUUUAUCAGGUGAAUUUACUGCCAGUCAAGUUUUUGAGAAAAUGAGAAAAGAAGGUAAAAAGAGUCCUCAAGAAAUCGACAAUUUAGAAAGAUUGGCCAAAGAAUGUCAAUAUAGAAUUUUGAAGGAAAAAUAUCGUCCUGUUAUGCGUUCAUUUUAUAACAGAACUGCUUUCCAAUUACCAGGUGAUGCUAGAGUAAGAAUUUCUUUGGAUACAGAAUUAACAAUGGUUAGAGAAGACAAUUUUGAUGGUUACGAUCGUACUCAUGGUAACUGGAGAAGAAUGGAUAUUGGUGUUGAUUAUCCAUUCCCACAAUUGCCAGAGAAAGAUGUGUGUCGUUUCCCUUAUGCCGUUUUGGAAGUUAAAUUACAAACUCAAUUGGGUCAAGAACCACCAGCAUGGGUCAGAGACUUGGUAACUUCACACUUGGUUGAAGCUGUUCCCAAAUUUUCAAAAUUCAUUCAUGGGGGUGCUACAUUGUUGACUGACUAUGUUAAUUUAUUACCAUUUUGGUACACUCAAAUGGACGUCGAUAUCCGUAAACCAAAGAUCCAACAAGAAUACGGGAUUAGAAGAAAUGCUCCUCUGCGAAUUGAAAGUUCAACAUCAGCUAACGAAUUGGACGAAGAAGAGUUGUCUGGCUACAGUGGCAGCGGUGUACAAUUUUCUAAUGAUGUCAAUCCUCUUGAAGAAGAUUUAGAAGAAACAAGUCCUUUGUUAUUCCAAAACUCGCAUCGCUCAAGACAUGGAAAUUCUCUCCUUAAUCAAUUAAAAAAUUAUUUCAAAGAUGACCGUGAAUUCACUGUUAAGGAAGGUACUAAUUUUGAUUUGAAUGGUACUUUUAAAGAUAAAUUACCAAAGGGGAAAUCUAUUUGUGUUCCAAUUAGAAUUGAGCCAAAAGUUUAUCUUGCAAAUGAAAGAACCUUCCUUUCUUGGUUGAGUGUUGGUAUGUUGAUUGGUGGUGUCGCCACUGCUUUAUUGAAUUACGGUUCUAAUAGUACUUUGACAGCAUCUAUUGGGUUCUUCAUUGCUGCCUUGUUCAUUAUUGGCUAUUCUACGUAUAGAUAUUUGUGGAGAGUUCUUAUGAUCAGAGAAAAGAAAGCUGUGGAAUAUGGAGACAAAUUCGGUCCAAAUAUGAUUUGUGGUGUAAUCUUUUUAGCAAUUUUUAUUAAUUAUUUAGUUUUGUAA